GGGACGGAAACCACAAAUAAAUAGCGGCGGCAGCAGCGCGUCAUCUGGCGGAGCAGGAAGUGCAGGCAGAGUCCGGAGGCUGCCGCUUUCUGCGCGUCCCCAGGACUUUGCCAUGGGCUGGGGGCCGCGGCGGCUGCGGGCGGCCGGGCCAGGGCAGCGGCGGCGGCGCACGCACCGGGGCUGAGCGAGCGGCCACGCGGGGGGCGCGCGGAGAUGGCUGCGUCCAGCAACUCCAGCCUGUCCGGCUCCUCGGUGUCCUCCGAUGCUGAAGAAUACCAGCCUCCGAUAUGGAAAUCAUACUUAUAUCAGCUACAGCAAGAGGCACCUCGUCCCAAGAGGAUCAUUUGUCCUCGGGAGGUGGAAAACAGACCAAAAUAUUAUGGAAGAGAGUUUCAUGGGAUCAUCUCGCGGGAGCAGGCGGAUGAGCUCCUGGGAGGCGUGGAGGGCGCCUAUAUCCUUCGAGAAAGCCAGCGGCAGCCAGGAUGCUACACAUUAGCUCUGAGGUUUGGAAACCAGACCUUAAACUACCGGCUCUUCCAUGAUGGGAAACACUUUGUGGGCGAAAAGAGAUUUGAAUCCAUUCACGAUCUGGUGACAGAUGGCUUGAUAACGUUGUACAUAGAAACAAAAGCUGCUGAAUACAUUUCAAAAAUGACAACGAACCCCAUCUAUGAACACAUUGGAUAUGCCACUUUACUCCGAGAAAAAGUAUCCAGAAGGCUGAGCAGGUCUAAAAACGAGUCAAGGAAAACAAACGUCACAAACGAAGAGCACACGUCAGUGGAGAAGACUGAGCCAGGAGUGCAGGGGCUCCACACAGCAGCAGCUGAUCGAGCUCCCAGGACCUCUGAAGCCACUCAGAUCUCCUCCUUGGUUCGAAGGGCUGCCCUUACACACAGCGACAACCACUUCAACUAUGAGAAGACACACAACUUCAAGGUCCACACGUUCCGAGGCCCACACUGGUGUGAAUACUGUGCCAAUUUCAUGUGGGGACUCAUCGCACAGGGAGUCCGGUGCUCAGAUUGUGGGUUGAAUGUACACAAGCAGUGUUCCAAGCAUGUUCCCAACGACUGCCAGCCUGAUCUCAAGAGGAUCAAGAAGGUGUACUGUUGUGACCUCACCACUCUCGUGAAAGCUCACAACACUCAGAGACCCAUGGUGGUUGACAUAUGCAUUCGGGAAAUUGAAGCAAGAGGACUGAAGUCGGAAGGCCUGUACAGAGUCUCCGGAUUCACAGAACACAUCGAAGAUGUCAAGAUGGCAUUUGACAGAGAUGGAGAAAAGGCAGAUAUAUCUGCCAACAUCUAUCCUGACAUAAACAUCAUCACUGGAGCUCUGAAACUGUACUUCAGGGACUUACCUAUCCCUGUCAUCACUUAUGAUACCUAUUCCAAAUUUAUAGAAGCAGCAAAAAUUUCCAAUGCAGAUGAGAGGCUGGAAGCAGUCCAUGAAGUACUGAUGUUACUGCCUCCCGCUCACUAUGAGACUCUGCGCUACCUAAUGAUCCAUCUCAAAAAAGUUACUAUGAAUGAAAAGGACAAUUUAAUGAAUGCAGAAAACCUGGGAAUUGUGUUUGGGCCCACCCUGAUGAGACCACCCGAGGACAGCACACUUACAACCCUCCACGACAUGCGGUACCAAAAGCUGAUUGUGCAGAUUUUGAUAGAAAACGAAGAUGUUUUGUUUUAAUUCAACAGGGAAUGAGCUGAAUGGCCCCAGCCCCAGCCUAGCUGAUAAAGCUAAAGAAAUAAAAACAGUUCUUACACUUGAUUUGUUUCUCAAACAAGUGACAGAAUUUGCUGGACCACGGUGGAUUGCAGAGUUGGGUACUGUGUCUCAUAGACACGCCCUCCUCCACACGAGAACAGGGUGGGGGUGAGAGAGCCCCAACCUCGGGUCUUUUGCUGUGCCUCGUAUGUAUGUCUGUUUUGCUGGAAGAGUGAUUAAUAAAUUUUUCUUUAACUUAUUAAAAACAAUAUAGACCUUCAAGUUUCAAUCUCAUCAGUAAUAAAAGGGAACUUAAUUCAUAAAGGUACUUGAUACAGUUAUACAUUUUCCACUUACAGAAAGAAGACAGUUCUAUAUGUUAAAUGUUAAAUGAAACCUAUAUUGUAAAAUGUAUUUUUAUUUUAGCUGCAAGACUGUUAUUUUAUUUUAGCAAACAGAACUCAAUGCAGUGCAUUGACUAUUACCCUAUGUAGCUCUUCCUGCAGUCUUUCUGUGAUGCCCUGGAUAUUUGACCACAAAUGCAGUAUUAUCUUGACAUACCUCUGUCUUUAUUAGUACUUUUCAAUGAGAUUUCACUGCCACAUAUGCUCCUGCUUUUGAUAGUUUUUGCUCUUUAGAACUGGCAUUCAGCUAUCAACGUAGUAUAGGUUUAUAACAAUUACAAGGUGGUCUGAAACAUUCACAAAUUUUCUUUCUAUAAAACUUUUGUGAAUUUCCAACACAUAUUAUGGAAUUGGUCACUGCUUUCUCAUGUAACAACUGUGUAACCCAAAACAUGCAGAAUGUGAUCAUUUUGUGUAAAAUGGUCUUGAGGACACUGGAUACAUCUGGACCAUGAAAAGAAUCAGCACUUUUCCAUUUUUCAGCUAAACCCUCCAAAUUCAUGUUAAUUGCAGAUUGAAUUUUGGACACAUUCAUGUAUUGACAGAAAGUGACCCUGCAGAAUAAUGUUUAGCUUUUUUUAUUUUCGUUUCAUAAACAAACCUAUUUUUAAAAGAAUGAGUAAGGUUGGUUUUUGCUAAAUACGUGUUCAUUCUUGAAAAAAGUUACUUCUAUAUGGAAAAUAAGUUCGUAUGAUUUUAUUACCUGAGUUUCAUCCUGUUGAUUAUAUUUAUCUCAGCAUGAGCCUUUCGCACCAAGAUUUCUAUAUUUUGUAACAUAGUUAAAAUAUUUAAAACAUCAAAAACUGUAAAUCUAGAUUUUUUAAGAAUCCAACCGCGAUCUUUCCCUAAUUGUCUGAGAUGAGUCAUGUAAUUACCCACAAGUCUUGUUUUGGAGUGACCAGAAGAGAUGUGCUGUGUGAUGUGGUGUGUGGGAGGAGGUGCACAGCCUGGCUGUCAUCCUGGGAAGUCCCCAGGGCCCCGAAGAUGGACUCUGUUGUCAACUGGAGGUCAGCGGCGUUCAGCCUGCUCCCUGCUCCUGGCCUUCCUCCCAACUGUACAGAUUUGUUUGUUGUAGCUUAUGUACUUCUUGAUACUGUCAAAAAAAUUAUCUGGAAAUGGUUUUAUUUUGUGAAGUGAAUAAUACUUUGUAAUUUAUGAUAGUGUACAUGGAAGGAAAAACAUUACAUGUAUUAAAUUCUUCUGUCUAUCA